AAACAGUUUAACCCACGCGGUGGAAAUAACUUUUUUAUCACAGUGUUUUUAGCACUAGCUUGCCAAUUAUAGAACUUAUUAGAAGUAUUGGCUGUUGUUGAUUGUGUUAUUCAUAUAUAAGUUUUUUUCCUUACAAAAAAAGUUUAGUUUUUUAAAAAUAUGGCAAACACUAGAGAGAAAGGAUAUGGUUUAACUGCUGAAACAACAAAAAAGCUUGAGGCAAAAUACGACCCUGCGUCUGAAAAAGAGGCUGUCGAUUGGAUAAAUGCUGUCCUAGGAGGUUCAGAGCUAGGGAACGUUAGCGGACGGCAAGCUGUUCAAGAUAAACUGAGAGACGGAAUCAUAUUAUGCAAAUUAAUGAAUACGUUGAAACCAGGAGCAAUUCCUAAAAUCCAUCCGGCUAAUGCUAAUAAAUUCAAACAUAUUGAAAAUAUAGGAAAUUUUUUAACCGAAGCCGAAAAAUACGGAGUGGCACGCGGUGAUUUAUUUCAAUCAGUCUAUCUUACUGACAACAACCAGAAUAUGGCUGCUGUCAUUGGUGGUAUCCAUGCUCUAGGACGAAAAGCUCAAACAAACGGAUUUAAAGGUCCAACACUUGGUCCAAAAGAAGCUACUGCUAACCCACGUGAAUUUACCGAAGAGCAGCUGCUUGAAGGUCGUGUUCGUGGAAUAUGAAGUAAUGAGAAUGAAUUUUUAAAUAAAGGAGAUAUAAAUAAAAUUUAUGCAAAUAAUUUAUACAUUUCAUUUAAAA